CCGAAAAAAAAUAAAAUAAAAAUAAAGAAAGUUUUCUUCUUUGACUGUAACCAGCGCAUUAUAGCACAAACCACACAAACAAAAAGCACUUCACAAAACCAAACAAGCCAUUACACAACACAACACAACGGAACAACACAUGGGUAUGUAUGGUAGAUGAGUGGUUUUUGAGAAGCUAAAAGAGAAAGGGAGUUAGUGGGAGAUGGCUUCGGUUGGUGUGGCACCAACUUCAGGUGUGAGAGAAGCCAGUGGUUGCCAUGGAGCAGCAGGUGUUGAUAGAUUGCCAGAGGAGAUGAACGAUAUGAAAAUUAGGGAUGAUAGAGAAAUGGAAGCCACAGUUGUUGAUGGUAACGAUGUAACGGAGACUGGACAUAUCAUUGUCACUACCAUUGGGGGCAGAAAUGGUCAGCCGAAGCAGACUAUAAGCUAUAUGGCAGAGCGUAUUGUCGGGCAUGGAUCGUUUGGAGUUGUCUUCCAGGCUAAAUGCUUGGAAACUGGUGAAACUGUCGCUAUCAAGAAGGUUCUUCAGGACAAGAGGUACAAGAACCGGGAGCUGCAGACAAUGCGCCUUCUUGACCACCCGAAUGUCGUUGCUUUGAAGCAUUGUUUCUUUUCAACUACUGAAAAGGAUGAACUAUACCUUAAUUUGGUACUUGAGUAUGUUCCUGAAACAGUUCAUCGUGUGAUCAAACAUUACAACAAGUUGAAUCAAAGGUUACCACUGAUUUAUGUGAAGCUCUACACAUACCAGAUCUUUAGAGCAUUAUCUUAUAUUCAUCGAUGUAUCGGAGUCUGCCAUCGGGACAUCAAGCCUCAAAAUCUAUUGGUCAAUCCACACACUCACCAAGUUAAGUUAUGUGACUUUGGAAGUGCUAAAGUCUUGGUAAAAGGAGAACCAAAUAUAUCAUACAUAUGUUCUAGAUAUUAUAGAGCACCUGAGCUUAUAUUUGGAGCAACUGAGUAUACUACAGCUAUUGAUGUUUGGUCUGUUGGUUGUGUUUUAGCUGAACUGCUGCUUGGACAGCCUUUGUUUCCUGGUGAGAGUGGAGUUGAUCAGCUUGUUGAGAUUAUCAAGGUUCUGGGCACUCCUACAAGGGAAGAGAUUAAAUGCAUGAAUCCUAAUUAUACAGAAUUUAAAUUCCCACAGAUUAAAGCACAUCCAUGGCACAAGAUCUUCCAUAAGCGCAUGCCUCCAGAAGCUGUUGAUUUGGUAUCAAGACUACUACAAUACUCCCCUAACCUGCGGUGCACAGCUUUAGAUGCCUUGACCCAUCCUUUCUUUGAUGAGCUUCGUGAACCAAGCACUCGCUUGCCAACCGGCCGUUUUCUUCCACCAUUAUUUAACUUCAAAUCUCAUGAACUGAAAGGAGUCCCAGCUGAGAUUUUGGUGAAAUUGGUUCCGGAGCAUGCGAGGAAGCAAUGCCCAUUUCUUGGCUUGUAAUAUGUUGUGAUGAAAUGUAACAGAACUGGAAGUGUUGUUUCCAUAUAUGAACGUGGCGACACGUUCAUUCUAUUUAAUGAUAUGAUAUUGUUAGUAGUUUUGUUGUAUUCGGUUUCCCUGUCUAAGCAGAUUUAGCGAUACAUGCUACCCAAUAUUUACCCAACCCUCUAUGGGUAUUGUAUCACAGCAGAUUGUAACAAGCAAUAGAAGACAAAUGUUUGCAAUUA